GGCGACUUCUGAGUCGGUAUUGUCGUCGAUGGUGAUGGAGUAAAAUAUUAAUCUGCUGUUUUAAUUGUCCCUCAUUUUGUCUCAGGUCAAUUAUGUUAGUUUAAGAAAGUUAUCUAGUCAUACAUAUUCAAAAUGUCUGUGGUAUCAAACCCAGCUCUUUUAAGUAGUGGUAUUCAUGGGCAACAACUUGGCUCAUCUUCUACUGGGAUUCUCAAUCAUGGAGAUUGUCUUGAAGGACAUGGUGCUGCUGAAUUUCAAGCUAAAGGGAAUGCUGAGAGUGAUGGACUCGUGAAUAACAAUUGUCAUAUAACAUCAGAUGGUGGUGAUUCAGUUGAUAUUGGAGCAUACAGUGCAGCUACUGCUGUGGAAGAAGCUCAAGAUGACGCUCCGGUUAUUGAUAUUAUAAUAAACAAUGUCGUGUGUACAUUCAGCACCAGGUGUCAUCUGAAUUUAAAGAAAAUAGCCAUGGAAGGAGCACAUGUGGAGUAUAAGCGAGAGAAUGGGAUGCUAAAUAUGAAAUUGCGACGUCCGAACACAACAGCAACUAUUUGGUCAUCUGGAAAAAUUACUUGUACGGGAUCUACAAGUGAAGAUGAAGCAAAGCUCGCAGCUAGGAGAAUAGCCCGGCGGCUUCAAAAGCUUGGGUUUAAUAUCAGGUUUUCAAGCUAUCGAGUAGUGAAUGUUUUGGGCACGUGUAGUUUACCAUUUGGUAUUAAACUCAAUCAGUUUUCUGAAGCAAACAGAGAAAAUGCUAGUUAUGAGCCUGAACUGCACCCUGGUGUCACUUACAGAAUCAAAGAUCCUAAGGCCACAUUAAAGAUUUUUUCUACAGGCAGUAUUACAGUCACAGCACCAUGUGUUUUGAAUAUUCAGCUUGCCAUAGAGCAUAUAUAUCCCAUAGUCUGCCAGUAUAGAAUGGAAAGGCGAAUUGACAAAAAGGUACUUCUGCAAGAGAGAAAGUAUAUCAGAAAAGGAGGAACUUUUAUUAGCCAUCCCAUGCUUGAUGUUGAAGAUGAUGAGAUGGAUGAUGAUUUUGAUGAUGAAUCUGAUGAUCUCUUAGAUGAUGAUUUUGAAAGUGAUGUGAGCCAAGAUUAAUGAGGAACAACUGUAUGGGUGUAUGUCAUGGAUAUGCUGUUUCGCUAAUACAAUGUGAUGUAAAAAUUCUCCACUUUCCACAUCAGAUAUAAUUGCAUCCUUAUGAAUGUUUCAUUAUUGAAUAAGAAAGGCUAGUUUACAUUUCAUCAAUUAAGAACAGUAAUGCUGAUAGUAGAAAAAAGCUUCAUAUCUGCAUAAUUUUAAUGAAAUGGUAAAUGAAACAA